CAGAGUGUCUGGUUGGAGGAGGUCCCCAGUGGAUUCUUUGCUGAUGGAACCCCCCCCCUGGUAACUCUCUGCUUGCAUCACUCCCAGUACCUGCUGCCAACGCUGCGCAGCCCCCUUUAAUUCGACAUACAGGGCGUCGUCGGUAACGCCAGACUUAACGCGUCUGACAUGUGAAGGUGUCAGUCUGCUGGGAUGAGAGCCUGAUGUAUAGAUGACUGAUGGACAACAAAAACAUUAAGUGACAACUUCUCUUAGAUGUACCUUGGGAACUCUACAUGGCUUUCCAUUUAUACCUCUUUCUGUUAUACUACUGAAUGACUUUUAAUUCACAUUUAUCGUGCAUUUUGUUUCUUUAUUUUUAGUUUUAAAAGGAGUGUCUGUGGCACUGAGGUGAAAGGUCAGACUGUCACACCAUCACAAAUAAUUUCAGUCAAAUCAGUGGCAAUGAGUUCAUUUAACUCCACUAAGUACAGCAGUACAAAAAAUCCUUUUCAAACCCAGAGAGGGGGUGAUGCAACAGCGGGCUGGAAUGCUAUGAGGAAGCAGCGUGUUUACGCAGAGGUGCAAAGGACAUGAUGCAGCUGUGGAAAUGAGAGUCUGUGUUUUACAAUUCAUAAAAAUCUGUGACUUCUAUGCAUAACGGCAAGCUACACUGAGUAUGCUAAAACGAGCAGUUAAGAUGGCAUAGGCAUUUUGGGAGAAGGUUUGAGGCUGAUCUCUCCUUUGUUUGCAUAAAUUCCCUUUUUGUAAAUAUCGCUUCUGUGGGUCGCACCGUAUAUUAAACCACAUGACGAAUGCAUGCAUAUCGAUAUUAGAUUCUGUGAGAUUCCAAAGAGCGCAAUUUACACCGAAGUAAAUGAGUGGCUUCUUUUUGACGAUUAGGUCCUGCGUUUGCCGGUUACGUUUUGAGCCAAAUACCUUUAGGAAACGCCGACUGACGCUCCCGCCAGCAGCAAGAAGCAGCAUCCUCUUUACGGGUGCCGUGUCGCUCCUCUCUUCCACUCUUGUUGCUGACCCUCUCCCCUCCUCCUACCCAACACCAACCCCCCCCCCCCAACCCCCCUUACUCUCGUUGACAAGCGUCACCCAUAAGCAGGAGAAGCUGAAGAGCGGCUCGGAGCAGGCGGCAGCCCCUGUUUUUUUAUCCGCAGCUUUUCUGCAGACACCGACAAAGCGAUUUACAGACACGCAGGACACCCGAAGCCGUCAUCAGACCAGCGGCACGCCAACCACUGAAUCUUGAUUUUUUUUUUUGUGGGAAAGGGAGGGAGGGGGGAACAACACACAGUCUAUCCCCUCUACGAAUAAUAAAAAAAACACAUACCUCCAAAUGCAUUGCUCUCCCGCUGGCGUGUAACCAGACUGAUUGGUUGCAGGAAGGUACGAUACCAUCCCAGCCGAUUUCCACGGAGGAUUGUUCCUGGUGGAUUGUUUUUCCCCUUUUUUCUUUGGGCUAAAUGACACUUGGAUUAUAAGCGCCGUGAUGGACUGAACAUAAUCAUCUGCCGCCAACACAACAGUGCUGCUCUUUUCUUUACGCUAAAUCAUCCUAAAGUGGAAUAUAGGGAUUUAUACAGACACCUGGUUUUCAUGUUUUUCUUCGGCUUCGCGAAUCCGAGUUUGUACAAAUUGGCACCGGACACAAAAUAUCUUAUAUUAUUUCAAAAAACAUAUUUCAGUGACUUUCCAUAUUUCACUUUUGCACAGGUGGGGUGUUUGGAGCGAGAAUUGUACUGACAAAAAUUAUAUCGUUGGGUAAUUAGUGAUGAAAUCGAACUGAAGGAAAGUGCUUAUUUUAAGAAAUUACUUUUCGAUACCGCUCUAGAAAUGUUAUAUUUUAUGUAUCACUAUUGUGGCCCAAGUGUGCCUCGUAGUACCUGGCAUUCAUUUCGUUUCGUUUGAAUUGUGGAUAACGAGUGACUCUAACGAGACUUCAUUACUAUAUGUGAAUAGUUAACCCAAGGAAACACCACGGUUUUGCCCUAAGACAGUAAUAUUAACUAAAACUUGCUAUGGCAGAACCAAAAGCCGUCAUCCCCGGAUCUGAUCAAGUUUUCCAAUGAAUUGUAGAAACUGGAUCUAGUAGACAUACGCAGAGAAGUCGUAGUAAUGCUAAGAAAAAAGAUCCGCGGACUUCACCAAGGCGCUUUCGCAAUUUGUAGGGUGUGAAAUUAAGCGGCGAAAAGCCCCUGCACCAAGCAAAGGGCUGUGGGCAGCACUUCGCGACUUCGGAUCCUCCGUCUCCGAUCUCCAUUUGUUUCUUUCGUCUUUUGUGUAAGAGUCAACGGCCACCAUGGACCUCAAAGAGGAAUCGGAGGAGAUGGACUGCAAGCAGCCGGUGCCCAUUGAAGUUUUCGCCAGCAGAUCCACGCUGCAUGGCAUCUCGCACAUGUUCAGCUACCAGCGCAUCUGCGUGAAACGAUGUCUGUGGAUUAUGUUCUUCCUGGGAUCACUGGGGUUCCUCAUCUGCGUAUGUGUGGACCGCGUACAGUUCUACUUCGAGUACCCACAUGUCACCAAGCUGGACGAGGUGUUGAUCUCGACCAUGAUCUUCCCCACUGUCACCUUCUGCAACCUGAAUUCCUUCCGCUUCAGCCGGGUGACGCGCAACGACCUUUACCACGCUGGGGAGCUCCUGGCGCUUCUGAACGGGAGGUACGAGAUCCGGGACACACAUCUGGUGGAGGAAAGUGUCCUGGAGACGCUGAAGGUGAAAGCCGACUUCCACAACUUCAGGCCGCGUCCGUUCAACAUGCGCGAGUUCUACGACCGCACAGGUCACGACAUCAAGGACAUGCUGCUUUCCUGCCGUUACCGUGGUGCCGAGUGCAGUGCAGAGGACUUCUCAGUGAUUUUCACCCGAUACGGCAAGUGCUACACCUUCAACUCUGGGCUAGAUGGACGCCCUCUCCUAAUCACCACAAAGGGCGGGACAGGGAAUGGCCUGGAGAUAAUGUUGGACAUUCAGCAGGAUGAAUACCUGCCUGUCUGGGGCGAAACAGACGAGACGUCAUUCGAGGCAGGGAUCAAAGUGCAGAUCCACAGCCAGGACGAGCCGCCGUUCAUCGACCAGCUGGGCUUCGGGGUGGCGCCCGGUUUCCAGACCUUCGUGUCCUGUCAGGAGCAGCAGCUCACAUUCCUGCCCCCACCCUGGGGCGACUGUAAGUCUUCAGCCAUGGACUCAGACUUCUUCAGCACCUACAGCAUCACUGCGUGUCGCAUCGACUGCGAGACGCGCUACCUGGUGGAGAACUGCAACUGCCGAAUGGUGCACAUGCCCGGGGACGCCCCAUACUGUACUCCGGAGCAGUACAAAGACUGUGCCGAUCCAGCCCUAGAUUUCCUAGUGGAGCGGGACAACGACUACUGCGUGUGCGACACCCCGUGUAGCCUGACCCGCUAUGGGAAGGAGCUCUCCUUCGUCAAGAUCCCCAGCAAGGCGUCGGCCAAGUACCUCGCCAAGAAGUUCAACAAGUCGGAGCAGUACAUCUCGGACAACAUCUUGGUGCUGGACAUAUUCUUUGAGGCUCUGAAUUACGAGACCAUAGAGCAGAAGGCCUAUGAGCUGGCGGGGCUGCUGGGUGACAUCGGAGGUCAGAUGGGACUCUUCAUUGGAGCCAGCAUCCUGACCAUCCUGGAACUCUUCGACUAUCUCUAUGAGGUUAUCAAAUACAAGGUGUGCCGAUGCACAAGGAGGAAACGCAAGCGCAACAACAACAAUGACCGUGGAGCCGUGCUGGGCCUCGACGACGUGAAGCGUCACGCUCCCUGUGAGGCCCUCCACACCCCAUCCACAUACCCCGCCAACAUGCUACCUCAUCAUCCUGGGCAAGGCAACUUCGAAGACUUCACCUGCUGAGUCAGUCGCCACUAAGGAGUGGGGCAGAACCUUGCCGCAGGCCGUCGGCACGGACAAGAGAAACAAGUUUAAUCUCGGAAACAACGCUACCCAGAAUUUAACAGGAAAUAAAACAUGGUAGCCAAAAGUACUUGUCAGUGAAUCCGAUAUUACCUGAUACGUAAAGUCUUGUAGAUGGAUAAAUUUUAAAAUAUGAGUGAAAACUUUAAUGAUCAAAAACUAAUUUCGCAUAACUGGUCACGCCCACAUUGAAGCCAGUUAUGCGUGGAUGUAGAUGAACUGGAAAUUCCCCCCUCGGAGACCAGUAUAGAAGCCAAUUCCUCCCAAAGCUUUGGUGUCACAUGCAGUGUAACCCAACUGUACAGUCCCAAACUGGCUUGUUAGGUCAUUAGAAACUUUGUAGUGUUUACUCCACUGUAAAUGUAGCAACGUGGGCUCACAGUCACAGCUGCUUACGACGCUGCAGCUGAGCCGUUUGUGUGGCAACAAGGAACCUGUCAUCCAUUAAAGAAGACAUGAAAUUACCAGUUUUCCAGCUUUACUGGGUGAUGAGGGCCUGGGUGAGGGUGGAGCAGGUAACGGAAUGGACUUCCAUGCUUUAUUUCAGACUGGUUUAGAAUUGUAUGAAAAUUUUCAGGUCUCAUCUCUCAUAUGCAUGCUAGUAACUCAUCCCCUAGUGCACGUAUAAACCAUUGUUAAUUUUUUUCGUCUCACUGUCCUGUUUUUUUUAACUGCCCCAUUUGUCUCAGUCACAUAUACAAUGAAUUUUUGGAAAGGAGACGUUGUCCUGGCUUCUGGCUGCAUGUGCGUGUGUCUGUAUCCGUGUCCCUGGAGAUCGAGUGAGAGGGGCACGGAGCCAGUUUCCGUAGUGAGAGUGAGCUUUUCAGCCUAGUUUGGAAUCCCUUUAAUUUAAUUUUAGGAUCUAUGCCUGUGUUUGACUGGCCCCUUGUACUACCAGCAGAAAAAAUCCUUGUGGAGGAUUCAGUGCACGAAAAAUAACAGAGCCCCCCCCCAAAGCUGUCCUGUGUCAGUCUGAACCCAACCACUAAUAAACUUCUUCUUGUGCGCCCCUGGUCUCGGUCCAUGGACUUUCUGAGAUGAAACGGCCUCUCUGACUUACUUCAUUAACUUCUAUAAGGUUCAAAUGCUUCAAUCAGAUUUUCCUCUCAGCUGCGUUUUACUGAGACUAAAGAGAUUAAGUGCCUUCAGUCUCUCUUCAUAGAUGAUUUCAUUCAGAUUAAGAAGUGCUCCAGCUGCUGGACUUGCUCCCCCUAGGAUAACCCCUCUAGAACUGUUAUCUAUGUUUCAGCAUAGAAAAAUAUCAGCACUCUGGCCACAUCAUGUCCACAGAAUCCACCACGAUGUACCAGACAUAGAAAACACACCUUUUCGGGCCAGAAUGACAGAUGUAAACUCCAUUAUGGUUUAAAGACUGUUCCUCUCCUUUUAUGUGUUUCUGUGUUGUCUGUCCAAUGCAGGAUCCCAGUCACUGUAUUACAAAUGCUUUUUUCAUCACUAAUUUCUAAUUUAAAAAAAUUACAUAUCCCUUUCUAAUCAUGUGUACAUCAAUGAACAUAGAAUAUGUCUGUUUGCGUAUAAAUGGAGGAUGGAUGUUUGUGGGUUUGUGAAUGGGGAGAGGGCCGUGGUGUAUGAGUGUAUGUGUGUGCAUAAAUGGACAGAGGAUAUUUUGCGCAUGUGUGUAUGCAUGCAUAUGUAUGCAUGUGCAUAUUCACGCGACACGGCAAAAAGGACCCCAGACCCGCAAGGGCUCUGCAUCUCUGCGUCACGCUUUUAUCGGACAUAUCUGUCAUUAUUAUUACUCUUCAUGUGCUGGAACCAGCUGAGAAUGAAUUGAGAAUCACCACUUCAGGUUCCCAUCUUAUCUUGUCUGUGCCAUCAGCUGCUUAUGGGUGAGAAUUUACUUAUACAUUAUCAUAAGCGCUACAUCUGUCGCAGCUUUUCCAACACAGCAGUACCAUAUAUGUUAAGCAGACUACAGGAUGUGUGUUGACUGUUACAACUGUGGCUUGUCCCUAAUGUUAGAAGUUUAUUUGCAAGCAACGCAGGCUUAAGCUAACUGGAUUGUUUAAGAAGAUUAAAAAGCUCCAGCAUGUCCUAUAGAUGCUAUAUCACUGUUUCCUGGAGUUGUAUGAAAUAAGGAGUUAUUCAUUUUUGCAAACUAUCAUUUUUAUUUAAUUCUCAUGGAGCUUUGAAGUUAUAGCUUUUGGAUAUAUGAUUUGACGGUUUCUUAAUUUCUCAUUCAUACUUUGAAUACACCAAACCUUUUAUCUCAACUGUAAAACAAAAUACUGCAAAACAUUUAGUGUCCAAUUCAAUGUCUUUAAGAAAUGUUUCAUCUUUAUUAUUCUGCUUAUUAUUCUGUAUUUUUAUUUCAGCUUUUCUUACAUUGCUUUUAGAAUGUAUCUCAAAGUUGUAUUACAAUUAUAUUUAUAUUUGAAUACAAUAUUUUCUUUCACAGUUAUGGGAACUGAAGAAUUCCAAUCGAAAUUGUUCAGGUUUUUUGAACAUUUUCUGGAAAUAUGUCUGUCAGAAUACCUUUAAUUUCUUUUUCAUUUAAUUGUGUUGAUUGUGUCUUCUGUGUUUGCAGCCUCCUAUGAUACUAAAAAGUUACUGCACUUCAUAGCGGUGAUUAAUAGGUGUUGCAAUGAUACCUUCUGCCCCCUACUGGUCAAUCAGCAGUUGACUUUUUUGUAUAUGAGUUGGAGGUGGCUUUGAAAAACACGGUAUUGGCUUUACUUAUUUACAAUUUACAGACUCCAGAAGCAGUUAUCAGCGGGUGAAACAGUCAUACACAGCUGAUGAUUUCUUCCUCCAUUAUCUGGCAUUGUGUGGCGCGGAAAUGAACACAACCAAAAGUAUUUAAGGAGAUGCUGCUGUCUGUAGCUGUUUUCGGAGAUAACAAUCAAGUGCUGAAUUAAAGCUGUUUUUUUUUUUGGUGGUAUUAAAACCAAAACCGAAACACCAAAAUGAUUUAGUCAAACAGUUUGAUCAUAUUUUGUGUGUGAGUGUGUGUGUGUGUGCGUGUGUGUGUGUGUAUGAACACAUCCCACAAUUGGUCAUCUGAAUGUUUUGCCGUGCAUUUCCAGUCUGUUUGAAGGUGGGAGGAAAGUUGGGAGUACUGGAUACGUUUUAGCUGGGGCUCAAUUGCUUUUGUCUUCUGGGAUUUGUGUUGGAUGUUUGAACCUAAUGGGAAAAAGAGUAUUUUAUGAAACUGUUACAGUCUGAUACACAAGCACAAAAACUACACCACUGGUAUGUAAAAGUGGUGUCACAAUAUCAUCAAAGUCUUUCACUAUUAUGUUUUUAUCAUUAUUACUACAGUUAUUGUUACUGAUACAGUAUUAGGCACAUUUAUACCUAUAUUAAGCAUAUUUUUUAUUUUCUACCAUAAAACCAUGUAUAUUACCAGAUAGUCCAGCAUCCACCUUUUUAGACAUGACUGUCCUACUGUUCUACUCUCAUGAGGUAAAAAUAAAAAACAAAAAAAACCUG